CCGGGCUCUGUCUAAUCAUGACGCGUUGACAGCGCGCGGUGAGAGCCGAAAACCAGGUACUGAGCGCAGGGCUGAUAACCGGGCUCCGUCUCAUCAUGACGAGGUAGGACCUGCGUCGUCACUGUGCCAAUAAGGAUGGAGGGGGCUGAAACUGCUAUUGAGGUCAAUCUAAGCUGCUCCAUCUGCAUUGAGGUUCUGCGAGACCCAAAGACACUGCAGUGUCUCCACAACUUCUGUUCCACGUGUCUCCAGAAGUAUCUUGAUUCAUCAACACGUCACAACCCCCGUGUGUCCGGCAUUGCAUGUCCCAUCUGCAAAGAAGAGACCCAGGUCGCUGACCCUUCUCGGCCAGUGAGCCAGUGGGUGAACCAGCUCCGCACCAACUGCAGCAUCAGGAACACCAUCGAGGAGGGCCUGCACACGCCUGCCAACAAAGAUUGUGACAUCUGCAGAGAUGAUGACAGGGCAGUCCAAGCAGAGUUUCAAUGUUCAACAUGUCAGCUCACGUUCUGCCAGUCCUGUCACCGUGUCCACAGAAGGAUCCCUACAUGCGAAAACCAUACAGUGAGAAGAAUAGCCACCAGCCCUCCUCUCAAGCAUGAAUGUUAUAACAUUAACAUCAACCUGAAAAAGAAUGCGUCAUCAAGUCAAAGAAAGAAAAUGUCCAUGAGAGUUCGAAAUGAAAUAAAAUCCAAAAUUGAUGUCAUUUAUCACAGAGGCAUGGAGAACAUCAAGCAGAAGAAGGAGAAGUUAACAGAGGAUACUGAUGCUGUAAUAGAUGAAGUGUUGGAGAAAUUUGAUACAUCCUAUCCAGUACCUGCUAAUGCAGAGAGUGAUUACAGCUCCUCUGAAGAUUCCGGUGAAGAGGACAGCGAAAAGGUAGUGGUUACGAUCAAGCUGUCAUCAAAGGUGGAGACAUUUAUCAACAGCAGCUACGAAGCUUCAUUGGCAUCGGCAAGGACAACAUUCGACUUCAAGGAAGCGGAUGAUCCGAGAUUGCCCCCACCUGAUUCCGAUAUCUCUGGGAUUGAGACCAUAGAGGUUCUUGUAAACAUGGAUGAUCUGGAGGACUCGGAGUCUGAUGAAGAGGAUAAGAUGGAAGAGUUGUCUCCGAGCUAUCUGGGUACCACUGACGGUAAGAUUGAAGAUGAAGAUGAUCCUUGGAUAAAGAGCAUCCUUGUUAUGAAUUCCUUAGACAUGGAAACUAUCAUUGUGACCGAUAACAACAACAGCUGCGUCAAGUCCUUCUACACUGACGAAGGGGGAGAUCAUCAUAGCCGCUUAGAGCUGCCUGGUAAGCCAUGGGGACUCACAGAGCUUAAAAAUGAAAGGAUUGCUGUUACGUCUCCAGAACAAAAGGCUAUCUACACAAUCAGGGUCAAUCCUGAACUUGAGAUGCAGAAGGUAAUAAAAGUUGGAAAGAAAUUGUUCAGUGUUGCCACAGUGGAUGCUGAUGCAGUUGUAGCUUGUGCUCAAGAAGAGCAUCCCCCUGCCUUAUACAUCAUCAACAUGAAGGGAACCAUCCUGAAAACCAUUGCUCGUUUCAGGAAUUGUAACCUCUUGGAAUCCCCAACAUGCAUCGCAAUGUCACCUUGGGGAGAUUAUAAUUAUUUGGUUGCUGAAAAAAGGGGGAAGAUUCUGUCCAUAACCAAAGAAGGGAUUCCUGGUAUGGAAGUGGACACCGAGCUCCAGCAGCCGUUACAGUGGAUAACAUGUAGCAGCGAUGGCAAGCUGUUUAUAGUUGACAAGGAAAGCAACAAAGUUGUGUGGGUCAGGGAAGGAAAAGAUAACAUGACUGUCCUUUCAGAAGAACAUGGCAUCCUCUUCCCAAAAAGUGUCUGCCUACACAGGGGCGCCAUGUUCGUGGUGGAGCAGAGGGGGACUAUUAAGAAGUUUCAGCUCACCAAAGAAACUUGACAUAACUUUAUUAUUUCCACACUUGGACAAUAGCAAGAGAUUUACAUGAACUAACAUUCCUUUGUUGGCGGGGUAAGAUGCCAAGAUUGGUCUGAAAAUCUACAGUGGAUGUGUCUAGUGCUUAAAGCUCCAUAAGCAGUUUUCAGACCUUUUUAAUUGUUGGUUUAGAUAACCAUGUGUAUUCACAAUGAUUGGUGUUUGACGCCAUACAAUAAGGUAAUGGUUGCUGUAGAUAAGCAUGUGUGGACCAUGAGUGAGUGAGUGAGUGAGUGGGUGAGUGAGUAUAGUUUAACACUGCUUUUAGCAAUAUUCCAGCAAUAUUACGGCGGGGGACACCAGAAAUGGGCUUCACACAUUGUACCCAUGUCGGGAAUUGAACCCGGGUCUUCGGCGGGACGAUCGAACGCUCUAACCACUAGACUACCCGACGGCCCCUGUGUGGACCAGACAAAUCAGUGAUUUGCUAUUAUUAUUAUUAUGAUGAGCAGCAGUCCACUAAGUCGGAGUACAACAACAUGUAAUCAACAAAUUCACUUUGUCCGCCCACCUGAUCCAUUUUAGGGGGUGCUCGGGUAGCCUAGUGGUUAAAGCGUUCGCUCAUCACGCUGAAGACCGGGUUCGAUUCCCGACAUGGGUGCAAUGUGUGAAGCCAAUUUCUGGUGUCCCCUGCCGUGAUAUUGCUGGAAUAUUGCUAAAAGCGGCGUCAAGCCAUACCCACUCACUGAUCCAUUUUAGUGAGAUUCAUAGAAGGUGAAUACUUUUGGGCUUCCUUCUCUGUGUUAUUUAACAGAAACGUCCCUUAUGUUUUGCAGUGUGUAUUUUCUAAAGUUGUAUGAUCUUUUAACACACCAGGACUGACGAUCAAAGUGUGCUUUCAUAUGGUCGGUUUUCAAUUACAUUUGUCCAACAUUCAAAAACAACUAACUUCUCGGAAACUGGUUAAUGUUGAAAGUUGGAUUUGUCAAUGGCAUUAAUGUAAUAUAUUCGUUCCGGAUGACAAUCUUUCUUUUGUGUGUCACAGUUCCCUCUUUAAUAUGACAAUGUAUGUCUUGUGUCCUGCGCUUGCGCCAUGGAUCAUGUCAUAUGAUAUGCCAUGCCGCCAGAAUAAAAAAAACCCCUCGAUGAUACCGAGUCAUUCUGUCAUCUCUACUUGCCCGGUCAGUAUAAAACGAUUAAUACAUUG